AUGACGAGUAAUCAACAACAACAUGGCUCCACGGGCCAAGACGACAAUCCCACGAUACAACAGCUGUUGGAGACAAUUCGAAAGAUGCAAGAUGACAUGAGUUCUCAACAAGAGGCCUGGAGGGCUGAAAGGGAAACACUACAGAAAGAACUCACGACGGCCAAAUCCAAGUCCAAUCCAAUGGCUAGGGGAGUGUUAGAUAAUGUGGCUAGACGCUUGAACAUGGACGACGAAGAAGAAGAGGAAUAUGACGAGGAAAUUGAGGUAGAAAACCCAGAAGAGAGGGGUCCUGAGAGCAACAACAAUGGUAACGGUGGAGACCCAAAUGCUGACAAUGGCGGCACUGAAAAGCAAGACAAGAACAAGAAACACGACAAAGGGGGCGACAAGAAGAAAAAGAAAGAGAGCAGAUCCAAUAAGUCACGUAACCAUGACGCGAUGCGAAAAGAGUUACAAGCCCUAAAGGAAAUGGUUCAACGCAUCCCUGGAGUACCCAAACCCCUUGAGAAAGCCGCACCCAUGAGCUACGCAGAUUCUCCUUUUUGUGACAAUAUUGCUCUAGUGGAGAUGCCAAAACGCUUCGCGGUGCCGGCCAUGAAGGCCUAUGACGGGACAACUGACCCUCAGGAGCAUGUGGCACAGUAUAAACAACGGAUGUUUACGGUAUCUAUCACGAAGGAACUAAGGGAACCAUGCAUGUGCAAAGGCUUCGGCUCGACACUGACCGGACCGGCGCUACAAUGGUACGUGGGUCUCCCAAAUGGAAGCAUUGAGACAUUUGCCGAUCUAGUUGACGCCUUCAACCUUCAGUUUGCAAGCAGCAGAGUAUUUGAGAAAACCACGAGUGAUCUCUACAAGAUAGUUCAGGGGUUCAGAGAGCCUUUGAGGGAUUACUUGACUAGGUUCAAUCGUGAGAAAGUGACCAUCACGAACUGUGACACUCCCACAGCAAUAGAGGCAUUCAGGAGAGGACUGGAGAAAGAUUCACCUUUGUACGACGAGCUCACCAAAUAUCCUUGCAAGACCCUAGAUGAUGUCCAGGCAAAAGCAAUGGCACAAGUACGCCUUGAAGAAGACAAAAAGGAACGUGACGACAAGUAUUACCGACCAAAUCGCAAGGUCAUGACCACAAGAGAUAGGGACUACAAACCAUACACUAGAGACUCCAGGAGCUCAAGAGAGGAAACACGUGUAAACUCAACGCAAGAGUAUGCGGAUUGGAGGAAAGACCCAAACCUCCCCCCAACCUACGACAACUAUGGUUUCACAAUUACACCCGCCGCUAUGAUGAGAGAAUUUACAAAAUUGGGAGACGCAGUAAAGUGGCCGGUAAAGAGUAAUAAGCCUAAGGCAAACCCGGAGUCCAAACUAUGGUGUGACUUCCAUGGCGAUUAUGGUCACAAAGCAUAUGAUUGCGUGGCACUGAGAAGGGAAAUCCAAUAUCUUGUGAAAAAAGGGUACCUGACGGAGUUCAUGACGGGAAAGUCAGUGGCCAAAACACCAGAGAAAUUGCCACCACCACCACCUUACCAAAAGGUCGUGAAUUUCAUAGCAGGUGGCUCGGAGGUGUGUGGAGCAACUUAUUCACAGGCAAAACGCAUUGCACGACAAAAGGAGAAACAGGUCAACAUGUCAAACGCAAGUAAUGAAGACAUGACAGAACUCAUCUUCAGUUGGAACGACAGGGAACACAUACAGGAACCUCAACAAGACGGACUGGUAAUUUCACUCCAGAUUGGAAAUUGUCUCAUUAAGAGGGUGAUGGUAGACAACGGCAGUGCUGCAAAUAUAAUGACCAGAAACACAUUGGAAGAAAUGGGGUUGGCAGACAGCAACAUGAUCAGGCGAACCACGAUUCUCGUAGGGUUCAGUGGAGAAACAAAGAAAACAUUGGGAGAGAUCACACUACCCACCUAUGCUCAGGGACUCAACGUGCUAACAAAAUUCCUCAUAAUAGAAUGUGAAUCCACGUACAACAUAAUAAUGGGCAGGCCAUGGAUCCACGAUCUGAAAGCAGUACCCUCAACGUUCCACCAAGUCAUCAAAUUUCCCACCCCAUGGGGAGUUCAAGAAAUCAGAGGAGAUCAAGCCACAUCAAGAGACUGCUACAAAACUUGCAUGAAACAAACUGUGCAACAUGAACCUCAACUGACACCACCGCCAGUCAUGACAGGACCCGAACAGUUGGCUGAAGUUAGCUUGGGGACAGGAGAGAAGACAGUAAUGAUAGGGGAAGACCUGUCACCAACAUUAGAAGCAAACUUGGUUGAAUUCUUGACAACACGCUUGGAUGCAUUCGCCUGGGAGCAUGAGGAUAUCACCGGAAUCAGUGCCGAUGUGAUCACCCAUAAGCUCAACGUUGACCCAAACCACAAGCCUGUACAACAACGCAGAAGGAAAUUUGCUACAGAAAGGAAUAAAAUCAUCAAUGAGGAAGUGUCACGCCUACUAAAAGCGGGAAUGAUCAAAGAAGUAGAUUAUCCCGAAUGGCUGGCUAACGUCGUGAUAGUCCAGAAGAAGAACGGAAAAUGGCGAGUCUGUGUCGAUUACACCGACCUGAACAAAGCCUGCCCAAAAGAUCCUUUCCCUCUGCCACACAUCGACACCAUGGUAGACUCAACAGCAGGACAUGAAUUGUUAACUUUCCUGGAUGCCUCCAGUGGCUUUAACCAAAUACAAAUGGACCCCUCUGAUGCCGAGAAGACAGCCUUUGUGACCGAAAGAGGAAUUUAUUGCUACUUAGCUAUGCCGUUCGGCUUGAGAAAUGCAAGUGCAACGUUUCAGAGACUUGUCAACAAGAUGUUCAAGGAUCAAAUUGGGAAAACGAUGGAGGUUUAUAUUGACGACAUGGUGGUGAAAUCACUCAAUGCGGAUGAUCAUGUCAGACAUCUUGAGGAAGUAUUCGACAUCCUACGACAGUAUAACAUGAAACUUAACCCUUCAAAGUGUAACUUUGCCGUUUCAUCAGGGAAAUUUUUAGGCCACAUGGUAACAAGGAGAGGCAUAGAAGCAAGUCCGGAGCAAAUUAAGGCAAUUCACGACCUUACCAGCCCCAACAACAUGAAGGACGUCCAAAAGCUGACGGGAAGGGUGGCUGCCCUAAACAGGUUCAUAUCACGAUCUUCUGACAGGUGCAAGCUAUUCUACAAUGUGCUACGCAAAAAUAAGGGCUUCAACUGGACAGAAGAACAUGAAGCAGCCCUCUCAGAACUGAAGCGGUACCUGUCAUCACCGCCACUCUUGGCAAAACCAGCGCCUGGUGAAGAUCUUUACGUCUAUCUCUCUGUCACAAGCCACGCAGUCAGCAGUGUCCUAGUGAAGGAGCUUGACGGAACACAAUCACCAGUAUACUACGUAAGCAGGAGCCUGGUCGAAACUGAAACCAGGUACACACCCCUUGAAAAGCUGGUUCUUGCACUCACAGUAACGUCCACAAAACUACGACAUUAUUUUGAGACUCAUAAAAUACAUGUCUUGACAAACUUUCCUUUAAGGACGGUCUUGAGCAAACCAGAGUUGACAGGACGAAUGGCGAAGUGGGCAAUUCAACUCAGCACCUACGACAUAGUAUAUGAAGCAAGAACAGCCAUUAAGUCUCAGGCUCUCGCAGAUUUUGUGGCUGAUUUCAGCCCAAACCAGAUGACUCAGGCAGAAGAGGAAUUUCGACGUGUCACAGCGUGUCCAGACUCACAAACCUGGACAUUAUACACUGACGGAGCCUCCAACGUGAACGGGACAGGACUUGGAAUGGUGCUGAAAUCGCCACAAGGGGACAAAAUGGCAUAUUCAAUAUGCUGUGACUUCAAGGCAACAAACAAUGAGGCCGAGUACGAGGCACUGAUCAUGGGCUUAACAACAGCAAUAGACAUGAAGGUCAAAAACAUUGAUACAUAUUGUGACUCCCUUUUGAUUGUUAAUCACAUUAAUGGUUCCUAUGAGGCAAAAGAUCAAAAAAUGCUUACAUAUCUUGACAUAGUAAAAAAUCUGCAACUAUCAUUUGACACCUUCAACAUUCAACAGGUGCCAAGAGAGCACAACACACAGGCUGAUGCGCUAGCAGGAUUGGGAGCUGUGCUAAAAAACACUGGUAUAACAUCUAUCCCCAUAAUACACAUCAUGAAGCCCGCAAAUAUUAGACUACAAGAACGACUUGUCUUAUGCACUGACGCUAUUCAAACAGAUGACGGAACAGGAGAUUGGAGGCAAGCUUUCAUAAACUACUUGCAAAACGGAACACUGCCACCCAGUCCAAACGAUGCAAGGGUCCUCCGAAUGAAAGCCUCACGCUUCACUCUGAUCGAUAACAUCCUGUUUAAGAAGUCAGCAACAGGAUUGCUACAAAGAUGUCUCGAUGAGAAUGAAGCUUACAUGACUCUACGUGACCUCCAUGAAGGCGAGUGCGGAAACCACACCGGUGGGAGAAGUCUGUCCAAUAAAACACUACGAAUGGGGUAUUACUGGCCCACAUUGAGACAAGACGCUAUCACCUUUGUGCAGAAAUGUGACGCCUGCCAACGACAUGCACCUGUAAUCCACCAACCCUCAGAACCCCUUCAUGUGACAACACCGUCAUGGCCAUUCAUGAAAUGGGGUAUGGACAUUGUCGGUAAGAUGCCUCCAGCACCGGGUCAGAAAGUCUACAUGCUAGCUAUGACGGAUUACUUUUCAAAAUGGAUUGAGGCGGAAGCGUUCAAGCAAGUGACAUCCAAAGAAGUGAUUGCCUUUAUCAAGAAGAACAUAUUGUGCAAAUUUGGCGUCCCCUCUGAGAUUGUUUGUGACAAUGGUUCUCAGUUCAUAAGUGACAAGACGGAAUCCUUCUGCAGAAAGUACAAUAUCAGCCUGAUAAAAUCCACUCCAAGGUACCCCCAAGCCAAUGGGCAAGCCGAAUCAAGCAACAAAAUAGUCAUCAACAAUCUGAAGAAGAGAUUAACAACUCACAAAGGUAAGUGGGCGGAAGAACUACCAUGGGUCCUGUGGUCAGACAGGACGACACCCAAGACAUCAACCGGACAGACGCCGUUCAGCCUGGUUUACGGAACAGAGGCAGUGCUCCCUACAGAAGUCCUAACCCCUACUGCAAGAUACGGGCUACUUACCACCACGACAAAUCAAGCUGAAAUGGCUCAUGACAUUGACACGGUGGACGAACUGAGAGAGAUGGCCAAACUAAGGAUGGCCUUCUAUCAACAGAGAGUCGCCAGAAGCUACAACAAGCACGUUCAUAUACGACUAUUUCGAGAAGGUGACAUGGUCCUGCGAAAAACCUUCCAGAAUACAUUGGACCCAACAGCUGGAAAGUUUGCAGAUACCUGGGAAGGACCAUAUUUCAUAGAUGCGGUGGUUGGCAAAGGUGCCUAUCGAUUGUCAACUUUAGACGGCAAACAGAUUCCAAGGACAUGGAACGCACUUCACUUGAAGCUUUAUCAUGUGUAA